AUGCUACCUGAUGUGCCGGCCGCCCUUCAAGGCGUCGCCUCGAUGCUCGCCCGUGCCGACCAGGUGGCCAAGGCAGAUCCUGUGAUAGCAUACUGGUGCAAGUACUAUGCCGCACAGAUCGGGAUUGAGGAAGCGGCUGGCAAGGCGGAUGCCCAGGCCUUUCUCAUGCGGCUCAUGGAUGACCUGGAGCGCCUGAAAGCAGAGCUCUCUACGCAAGAAGCCGUCCACAGUGAGACAGUCGCGUAUGCCUACGUGGAAAACUUCGCCCUACGCAUCUUUUUAGGAGCAGACAAUGAGGAUCGUCAAGGGCAUGCGACAAAGGCCACAGCGCAAGCUUUUGUCGCGGCCUCCAAGUUUUUAGAGGUGCUGCGAGCCUUUGGUCCCUUGGACGACGACGUACAGACCAAGAUCAAGUAUGCGAAAUGGAGAGCGACGCAGAUUCACAAGGCAUUGCGCAGCGGCCAGUCACCAGCGCCUGGUCCUUCAGCGCCUCGCACGGAGGAAGAAGAGGUGGUAUCACAGCUCACAACGCCUCCGCCCAGGGAGCCGCCCGCCCUGGCUCCACCACCUGACCACACAGAGCCGUCGCUGCCCUCUGUACCUACCCAACACGAAGGUGAAGCGUUACAUACAAGUGUACAAGGGACGCAUGCACGCGAAGAGGCAGCACCAACAGCCUCACCCGCCCCCCCUCAAGAGGCAGAAACAGCCGACUGUCUCUUGUCGGUGCGAGACAUUGCACACGUCCAAAAACUGUCGCGCUGGGCCUCAAGUGCACUAGACUAUGAAGAUAUCGAAACGGCACGCAAGCACCUGCGUGAAGCCCUUAUUAUGCUUGAUGCUGCCGCCUCACAGCAGCCGUAA